AUGUACCUGGAUUUCCCAAGCAUUGCGUCAUACAUGACUAUCUCAGACCAAACAAAACCCCGCAAAAUCAAAAAAAUCAGUCUCGUCACGGGGGGACGUCCCCAUAACGGAAACACCAAAGAACUCCAAGAGGACAAACAAAACCCCGCAAAAUCAAAAAACCAAUCUCGUCGUGAGGGGACGUCCCCACGCGGAAACACCAAACACCAAGACAAAAGAAACAUCAUGAGGUGA